AUGGAGGUGGACGAUGUCGAGUUUGCUGAAGCUUUUCCCGGAUUAACUCGUGGAUAUAUACUUUUGAACUGUCGAGAAAUUCAUAGAGAAGAAAAGUUGCAAGAGCGGAAUUAUUGUCGGAAUAAGUUCGCUAGGGCCCUAGAGAAGGUGAUCUUCGGAGAACACGAAUUUCAGCGAUUGAGGAGAGUUGCACUCAGGGACCCACAUCUAGUAGACUUAUUAAAAGAGAUCUUUUUUCGCUUUGAAGUACCUCUUGCGGAUGAGACUAAUGGAGUUUAUAACUUUGAAAAAGAGCUAUGGAAAUCAGUGGUGAGAGCAUUGGAUGAGGAUGUGUGGAGAAGAAUAAAUCGUCCAGCAACAGAUGAUGAGAAUGAGGAAGCACAAGAGCUGAACGAGGACCUUUUUGAUCGUCUGCACAGGGAAUCAAAAGACAAGGCCCUAUUUCAUCGUCGCAACCAAUUCGCUAAAGCCCUGGAAAAGUUCAUCUACGAAUCCGCUUUGGGUAACCGAGAAACAGAACUACGAAGAGAGUUAUUAUUAACAACGUCAAAGCGAGAAAACACAUUCGUUAUGGAUAAAUUUAAAGAGUUCUUCUUCGAAUGUGAACAAAUGGAAGAAGAUGAAAUGAGAGUCUAUGGAGAAGCUAAAAGAAACGAAUGGGAGGAAAAAGUAUGGAGAGAAGUAAGGAAAGCUAUUGACGCAGACGUAGGAAUAAGAAGAAGAGAAGCAGCGAGAAGGAGCGGACCGAACUAA